CAUAGCAUUCGUUUCUACAUCGAAGACGGCUGAUAAUUGAUUACCUUUUGUGUUCUAUGGAUAUAACCUUAUAAUGUGUGUCAUAAGGCCUGAACGGGUAAUGGCUUGUUGCAGCAAAAUAUUGUUACAGGUUUAACUAUAAGCGAACGACAAGUCGCAGUUGACUUCUGUGUAUUACUAGGGGGUUCCAAACACGUCCAACAAAAGUCUACCCUGCAGUGCCUGGUGAAGUUCAAGCAGUAGUUGUCACUGGAUAUUCAAAUUGGUCAAAUGCGUACGUACUAGUGAGAACCAAAGCCACUGUUAUAAAUGGAUAGCUAGAACACUGAAUGACAGGUGGCCACUGAAAAGAGCUGAUGUGCUGCCAAAUUCAAUAUGGAAUCCGAUAACUGCCCUGCCAAAGAGUUCUGUUCCUCAUCAUCAGAUGCCCAAUCAAACCUCAACUGUAAUGGAGAUUCUGUCAUAGAGGGAGGUCACCUUGCCUCUAAUGCUGCUUCUAGAAUUCCUAACCCUGAGUUUGAGGACAUGGACUCUUUUAACCUCAUAGAGCCCCCUCCACUGGACUGGAGAUCUGACUCAUCCAGCGAAGCUGGGUCUGUCCACGAGAUGGAUGACCCUACCUUCUCUCCCUCCUCUGUUACCGUGGAUACGCCUGAAAGUGGGUCGGCACUGUCCCUGGAUGUGAGUGAUGCUGCUGUUUUACCUGGAGUCAACCAGGGGGAGCUGGUAGAGAAACUGCCAGAAGAUAACAUGGAGCAAAGUUAUGGCACUAGAGAACAAGUGGAGGAACAGGGUGGAGAUGAGAAGGUGGAAGAGGCAGAGAACUUUGGCGAUGAGGAAUUUGAGAAAGUGGAGGAGAGGAGGCCUGGUGAUGAAGACCACACUCGCAUCCAAGUUCUCCUGAACCGACUCCAACUCAUUGGAGAAAGCCCUCUCCAUGAGGAUUCAACACCUCGAAACCCUUCGCUGCAAUACGCUGCCUCUUCUGACUUGAACCCUUCUGACCCUUCUCUAACGACAGGUGGUGGCACACUGCCUGUAGCUCCAUUACAUAACCAAGCCUCAGGGUUGCUGUUCUCAGAAAGCCACCAGCGAGACCUUGUAGGACUGCUGGAGUGUACAGAGAUAGGGGCUCCUCAGCAUCUAGAGGCCCAGGCUGCUAGAGGCCCUAGGGGGGACAUAGAUGCCGUUGUUUCAGUCUCCUACAACCAGGAAGACGGCGAGAGGUUUUGGGAUCACUACGGGAACGGCCAGCAUCGCCCCAGAAAUGACUCCAUGGUUUCCUUACCAGAGGAUGAGGAUGAGGUUCCAGAACCAGUGUGGAUGAAGCUGGGGGAGGAGCCUCCAGAAGAGGCAGGUGCAGCAGAGGGCAUUGAGCAGAGGGCUGAGGACCACCCAGCCUAUAAAGAUGUGCCUGGCCCUUGUGACCCUGAGGACUUGUUGGAUGGGGUUAUAUUUGGAGCUAACUACCUGGGUUCCACUCAGCUGAAGUCUGACAAGAACCCCUCUACCAAUGCCCGCAUGGCACAGGCCCAGGAGGCUGUGGACAGAAUAAAAGCUCCAGAGGGGGAGUCCCAGCCAACGACAGAGGUGGACCUCUUCAUCUCCACUCAACGCAUUAAAGUGCUCAGUGCCGACACACAGGAGGCUAUGAUGGACCACUCUCUCCAGAUGAUCUCCUACAUAGCAGACAUCGGGAGCAUAGUCGUCCUGAUGGCACGCAGGAAGCCGGCCGGCCGGAAAGAGCGAGAAGCCAGCCAAGCGGCCAACUCCUCCGGCCCGCAGAAGAAAUGCUGCAUGAUCUGCCACGUGUUCACCUCCGCUGAUGCCCAGGUUAUAGCUCAGGCCAUUGGACAGGCCUUCGGCGUAGCUUAUCAGCAGUUCCUCCAAGCCAACGGGAUCAAGGCCAGUGAACUGAGGCCCAGCGAGUACAGUGACUACCUGGGCACACAAGAGCUUUACAACGGAGACCUGGUGCACUUCUCUGACUCAGACAACAUCAGAGAGGUCACCAUCUCCAAGGCUCCGGGGGAGAUCAUGGGGCUGGCGGUGGUAGAGUCUGGCUGGGGCUCCAUCCUGCCCACCGUGGUGGUGGCCAACCUGCUCCACGGUGGGCCCGCCGAGCGCAGCGGGGCCCUCAGCAUCGGAGACCGCAUCAUGUCCGUCAAUGGGACCAGCCUGGUGGGCCUCCCCAUAGCCACCUGCCAGAGCAUCAUCCGAGAUUUAAAAAACCAAGAUGGUGUAAAGCUCAGCAUCGUCCACUGCCCUCCCGUCACCAUGGCAAUCAUCAAGCGGCCCGACCCCAAGUUCCAGCUGGGUUUCAGUGUGGAGGAUGGCAUUAUAUGCAGCUUGAUGAGAGGAGGCAUCGCUGAGAGAGGCGGCAUCCGUGUUGGUCACCGCAUCAUAGAGAUUAACGGCCAGAGUGUGGUCGCCACACCGCAUGACAAGAUCAUAAACAUACUGACUAAUGCUGUCGGGGAGAUCCACUUGAAGACUAUGCCUGCCUCGACGUACCGUCUCCUGACAGGACAAGAACAGCCCAUAUUUCUCUGAGGCUACCCCGGACACCAUACUGAGCUACCAGAUCCUAUACCGAGGCUACCACAUAUAGCAAUAUGAGACUACAUGUGCACAUCGCGAGCUCCAUGUUGAAGAUUUCCUUUUCUAUAUGCAAUUGUACUAUAUUUUAAGGCAAUUGAAAUGCCACUGAACGGAGUAUUUUUAAAAGUGUAUAGAACUUGUUUGACAUCAUGAUGCAGCACAUUUCUAAACCCAGAACCGGACAUUUUCUGCUUGUAUUUAUGAGAUGUUUUAAAGUGGAUUAUUACGUAAAUGCACAGUAGGAAAAUAUAUUUUACGUCUGAACUAAUUAUUGCUUUUGUCUGCAAAAUAACAGCAUAAGUGCUUUUAUGACCAUGUCUUCCUACUUGCUUUGUUGCCGACGUGCCUCACUCAACUGUACUUGUAACGGAGCAUUAUGUAGAUAAGGUGGAGCCUUAGCCUUAGAAAUUUGUCUCUCAUCAGUGCUUCACCUUUUUUUUAACACCCUGUCACAAGUGCAUAUUAAAUGAACAUCUAUCAGUGUUACACAGUGGUUAUCUCUAUGUGGAUUUAUUUGUUCCAAGAUCAUCCAUUGUGCUUAAGGUGUGUGUCCCAUUCCAGUGCCUGAUAGAACUCAUUGAGUAUGGUAUGCAGAAAUAAAAACACCUUCUCUAUUUCA